AUGAAAAAAAAACAAUUUUUCCAAAUUGUCGAAAAUAAUGAUUUAUCUGAAGUUUCCGAAAAUUCGCUACUUGAUUUGUCUGCUAAUUCUAUUGUAGAAUUUAAUAACAUCGAAAAAACAAAAAAAAAAAAUUUUAAUGAAAUUCAGUUAUCACAUAAUGUUUCUAAGAAUGUUACGAAAAGAAAUGCGUUAAAUUUCUUAGGUUUGUGUAGUUAUAAAAAAACAAUUUUUAAUAAUCUGCAAGGUAAAAAUGAUGAAUACGAAAAAAGCACUCUUGAUGCACAUGAGAAAUGUUCUAACCCUGUGGUAAAGAAUGGUCUGGGAGAAAAUCCCAAGUGUUUAAAAUAUACAAAUGAAAAUUGCUUGCCAAAUUAUAUGUCAUCAUGUACAAGGGAGUUCUGUUCUCCAACACAGUUCCACUGUAAUAAGAAUAACGGGAAUGAUGAUAAUAAUGUCGAUGAUAGUAAUACACCCCUUAGCAAAGGGAGCAAUGAAAAAGAUAAAAAUGUUCACCCAACGGUAUCAGGAAAUGAGAACAUGAGCCGCUUAUAUUGCUUGGAACAAAUUAUUCACAAUAAUUUAAAUAAUAACUAUGACAAAAAUGAAGUAAAACUUUUUCACAUUUAUCAUGAUAAUAGAGCAGAGUGUUUAUUUAGUGAUAUAAGCGUCAUAAAAUUUUAUGGACAUGAAAAUAUGUGUGUGUAUGAAAAUAAAAGCUACAUAUAUAAUGAAAUAAAUGCGAAUUUAUUCCAUGAGAAGGAUACAAAAGAAAAUGGAGAACAUAUUAACAUAGAUAACGAUAUUUAUGAAUAUUUAUAUAGGGAGAAAAUGAAAUUAAACAACCCAAAUAAUAAAGACAAGGCCUAUUAUGCUCAAUAUGGAGUAAAUGAAAAAAGUGGUAAUUGCCACGAACAGCCGUAUCAAUGCUUUCAAUUUUAUAUGCAUAAAUAUCCCCCGUUCUUAAGGGAAAAAAUAAAAAUAUUCAUACACUUAUAUAACAUGUUUAGUAUAUAUCCUUACAUUAAUCACAAUUUUGUUGAAGAAGAAAUGUACUCGAAAAACUUAAAAAUCACCUCUUCUUUUGAAAAAGUUGUGCAUAUAAAAUGGCGCUUUUAUGAUGAAAAAGAAUUAAAAAACAUGCUACAUUGUAUUUUAUCAAAGAAAAAACGGGAAAAUUAUUCCCAAGAAAAUUUUCUUCAACUGGAUGAUUACGUUUCAGUAAAUUUCUUAACACAAGAAGUUAAAGUGAGAGAUAUAAGUAACAUGAGCUAUGAUACUGACACUUCUAUCAGUAACAGUAAUGCUGGUAUCGUUCAUAACAAUGUUAUAUCUGACAGUGUUCAUAAUAGUAGCAACACUGACGCGAGUUUUAACUGCAGCAAUCACAUGAACUAUAUACUGCUGAACGGAAACGGGUUGUGCUUUUCUGCCCAUUAUCAUAUAAUCGUUCCAUAUCAUAGACGUAUCAAUAAAAGCAUAGACAAGACAGACAUAAAAAAUAAUAAUAACUAUAAUUUAACUUAUGAAUAUAUUUAUCUAUCCCAACUAUUUAAUAUUUACGAUAAUUUUCAUGUAUGCUUUUUAUACCCAUUGUUUAUAUCUUAUUUUUUUUAUUAUCAUUUAUUUGUCAAAGAACGAAUUCGAGGUAUCUGCGAAUCCGCAAAAUUAUCAACAACAAUAUCAGGAAUUACAAAAGCGUCUCCAGGAAUCUUUGAAAAAAAUUGUGCCCAAAAUGGAGAUUACACUAGUACUCUUGAAGAAGCUUACACAAACCAGUUAAAUGACACAUAUAUUAAACUGACAAAUUGUGUUAAGGGAACCAUUUCGAAUAUACAAAAUGGGAACUUUAAGAUAAAAAAUGAUGUUAUUGAAUUUUUAAUUCCACAAAGUUGCUACAAAAAUUGCGAAGAAUUGCAAUACCUCGAUCACAAAUCGCACUAUUUACCUUUGCUAUAUGUUGUAUGCAUAAGUAAACACAGCGUUGGUGUUAAAAUAGAUGAUAUAAAUUCUGAUCACAGUUAUAAUGGUAACCGUGAUGUAUAUCAUCCUACUAAUCAUAGGAAUAUCUGCAGCAGCGGUAUAGACAACCUUACUUGUUCAGCAUUGAACUCUUUAAACACAAACAAUUGUUACCUCUAUGGAAAUAGUAACUUUGACAAAUGUAGGGGUUCUUAUUCCAGUGAGGGUGAUAUAAACAAAAGAAGGACAAAAUGUGAAAUGUAUGAAUCGGAGCGUUAUGAUAAUUCAUUAUGCUGCAACGAAGUUAAAGAAUUUAAUAACUUGCGAACUAUUUUCCCGAUAGAUAUGAAACCAUAUUUUAAUACAUGUAAUAAAAUUGACAAUAUCAUAAAGGUUAGUAUAAGAAAUGAUGGUGUGUGUUUUAUUUAUGUGAAAAAUAUAUUCAGUGAAUAUAUAUUUUCUUCGUACUUUAUACUAUUUAACUCUUUUGAAAAUCUUGUUCAUUUAAUGAAUACGGGGAAAAAAGGUAGUUCCCAUAUUUGUGGGAAUAAUUUGGGAUACCUGCAUCAGAAUGAUGAAAUUGGAAAAGGUGCAUCUUACAUAUCGCAUUUGGAUUGUAAUAAAAAUGAUUCCAUAGAUGCUGCUUUUACAAGGACUGAUUUAGAAACUUGUGGCUUGCUAACAGGAAAUCUAUACACUACUAAUAAUAUUCAAUAUUAUAACGACUUUUAUAAUAAUAUGCUGGAACCAUAUAAGCUUUCGCAUAAUGUGAACUUUAGGUGCAGCCAAAGAGGAGAAGCACCUAUCUUUGCAAAUAUCGAUAAAAUAUUCGAAAUAAGGAAUAUUAAUAAUAUAUAUAACGAUUUUUACAUUUGUGAAAAUAAAAAUAUGAAUUCUUUUAAACUUAUUAAUUUAAUGAAUAAGGAGAAAAAAAAAAUAUUAACCCCAUAUUAUUUUGAGAAAAGUGAGUUAACUCCUCUUUUCUUCGUAAGAUUAUCCAAUAUACACAUUUAUGACAUAAAUAGACAACUAAAUUCCGUUUUUGAAUAUAUAAACUACAAUAAUAAAACCUUUACACCUUUUUUAAAAAACUUUGAACAGUACGAAAUGAAUGUUCAAUUAGAUUUAUUAGAAAAUAUGUAUAAUAUUAACAACGAAUUAUAUUUAUUAUAUACUAAAAAAAUUAACUAUUCUCAUGAUAUUUAUAAAUAUAACUAUUUAUACGUACAAGAUUAUUUAUUGAAAAAUUACAUACUCUAUAAUAAUAUUUAUUUUCAUAUAAAAGAGGAUAUGAAAAAGAAUGAAUAUUACAAGUUAAAAUAUACCAAUAAAAAUAAACAAACCAUAUCUGUUCACUUUACCAUUUCUUUUAAUUAUGUCUAUGACAAAAUCAAUUCCUAUUUUCUUUUGAAGCCUCGUCAUUAUAUAACACACCUUGAACAUAAUUCUCCCACACAACAAAUUGAUACAGAAAAUUUUAUUUCCUUUAUUAAUAAAUACGUAAAUAGUAAAAAAGUAAAAUAA